AUGUGCAACAAUAAUGUUUAUUUUUUUUCUAGAUAUGGCCGCGUGGAAAGUGUCAAAAUUCUCCCUAAGAGGGGAUCUGAAGGAGGAGUGGCUGCCUUUGUGGAUUUUGUGGACAUCAAAAGUGCACAGAAAGCUCACAACUCGGUCAACAAAAUGGGAGAUAGAGACCUACGCACGGAUUAUAAUGAACCAGGCACCAUUCCAAGUGCUGCUCGGGGAUUGGAUGAUACAGUUUCCAUAACAUCUCGUAGUAGAGAGGUUUCUGGGUUCAGAGGAGGUGGUGGAGGGCCUGCUUAUGGCCCUCCACCAUCACUUCAUGCACGAGAAGGACGUUAUGAGCGGAGACUUGAUGGGGCUUCAGAUAACAGGGAGCGUGCUUAUGAACAUAGUGCCUAUGGACACCAUGAACGGGGGACGGGAGGAUUUGAUCGGACAAGACAUUACGAUCAGGAUUACUAUAGAGAUCCUCGUGAACGGACUUUACAACAUGGGCUCUAUUAUUCUUCUCGGAGUCGAAGUCCAAACCGUUUUGAUGCUCAUGACCCCCGAUACGAACCUAGGGCUCGGGAGCAGUUUACGCUGCCCAGUGUGGUACACAGGGAUAUCUACAGGGAUGAUAUUACCCGGGAGGUACGAGGCAGAAGGCCUGAGCGGAAUUACCAGCACAGCAGGAGUCGGUCACCGCAUUCAUCCCAAUCUAGAAAUCAGUCUCCUCAGAGGCUGGCUAGCCAAGCAUCCAGACUCACAAGGUCCCCUAGCGGCAGCGGCUCUAGGAGUAGAUCCUCCAGUAGUGAUUCAAUCAGCAGCAGCAGUAGUACCAGCAGUGACAGCACUGAUUCUAGCAGUAGUUCAAGUGAUGACUCUCCAGCCCGGUCAGUUCAAUCUGCAGCAGUCCCCGCACCCACUUCCCAGUUGCUUUCAUCCCUGGAAAAAGAUGAGCCCCGCAAAAGUUUUGGGAUCAAAGUUCAGAAUCUUCCAGUACGCUCUACAGAUACAAGCCUUAAAGAUGGCCUUUUCCAUGAAUUUAAAAAAUUUGGAAAGGUGACUUCAGUGCAAAUACAUGGAGCUUCAGAAGAGAGGUAUGGCCUGGUAUUCUUUCGACAGCAAGAGGACCAAGAAAAAGCAUUGACUGCAUCAAAAGGAAAACUUUUCUUUGGCAUGCAGAUUGAAGUAACAGCAUGGAUUGGGCCAGAAACAGAAAGUGAAAAUGAAUUUCGCCCUUUGGAUGAAAGGAUAGAUGAAUUUCAUCCCAAAGCAACAAGAACCCUCUUUAUUGGCAACCUUGAAAAAACCACCACUUACCAUGAUCUUCGAAACAUCUUCCAGCGCUUUGGUGAAAUUGUGGAUAUUGAUAUUAAAAAAGUUAAUGGAGUUCCUCAGUAUGCAUUUUUGCAAUACUGUGAUAUUGCCAGCGUUUGUAAGGCUAUUAAGAAGAUGGAUGGGGAAUACCUUGGAAAUAACCGCCUUAAGCUGGGUUUUGGAAAGAGCAUGCCUACAAACUGCGUGUGGUUAGAUGGGCUUUCUGCAAAUGUGUCGGAUCAAUAUUUAACACGACAUUUCUGCCGAUAUGGGCCUGUGAUAAAGGUGGUGUUUGACCGCUUAAAAGGCAUGGCCCUGAUUAUUUACAAUGAAAUUGAAUAUGCACAGGCAGCUGUAAAAGAGACCAAAGGGAGGAAAAUUGGUGGGAAUAAAAUUAAGGUGGAUUUUGCAAAUCGGGAAAGUCAGCUGGCAUUUUAUCACUGUAUGGAAAAAUCUGGCCAAGAUAUCAGAGACUUCUAUGAAAUGUUAAUGGAGAGAAGAGAGGAACGAAGGGGAUCUUAUGAUUAUAGCCAAGAUCGCACAUAUUAUGAGAAUGUCCGUACUCCAGGCACAUAUGCUGAGGAUUCUAGACGGGACUAUCCAGCUCGAGGGAGAGAAUUUUAUUCAGAAUGGGAAACUUACCAAGGAGACUAUUAUGAAUCUCGCUAUUAUGAUGAUCCUCGGGAAUACAGGGAUUACAGAAGUGAUCCUUAUGAACAAGAUAUUCGGGAUUACAGUUACAGGCAACGGGAACGAGAAAGAGAACGCGAAAGAUUUGAUCCUGACCGGGACAGAGACCAUGAGAGGAGGCCAAUUGAACGCAGUCAGAGUCCGGUGCACCUGCGGCGCCCACAGAGUCCUGGAACAUCUCCCUCACAGUCAGAGAGAUUACCAAGUGAUUCUGAGAGGAGGGUUUAUAGCCGGUCCUCAGACCGGAGUGGAAGCUGUAGCUCACUUUCCCCUCCAAGAUAUGAUAAACUUGACAAACCUCGUUUGGAACGUUAUACAAAAAAUGAAAAGACAGAUAAAGAACGAACUUUUGAUCCUGAGAGAGUGGAAAGAGAGAGACGCUUAAUAAGGAAGGAGAAAGUGGAAAAGGACAAAACUGACAAGCAGAAACGAAAAGGAAAAGUUCAUUCUCCUAGUUCCCAAUCUUCAGAAACAGACCAAGAAAAUGAAAGAGAACAGAGCCCUGAAAAAUCAAGGAGUUUUAAUAAACUGAGCAGAGAGAAAGCUGACAAAGAAGGAAUAGCAAAAAACCGCUUAGAACUCAUGCCUUGUGUGGUUUUGACUCGAGUGAAAGAAAAAGAGGGGAAGGUGAUUGACCACACUCCAUUGGAAAAGCUGAAAGCCAAGCUUGAUAAUGACACUGUUAAGUCUUCUGCCAUAGAUCAGAAACUGCAAGUUUCUCACAUGGAGCCUGCAAAAUCUGACUUAUCUAAACUGGAAUCUGUCAGAAUGAAAGUGCCAAAGGAAAAGGCACUUUCAAGCCACAUAGAAGUGGUAGAUAAGGAAGGCCGACUUAAAACCCGGAAGCACCUAAAACCAGAGCAGUCUGCUGAUGGGGUAAGUGCUGUGGAUUUGGAGAAGCUGGAAGCAAGGAAAAGGCGUUUUGCAGAUUCCAAUUUGAAAGCAGAAAGGCAAAAAUCAGAAGUCAAGAAAAGUAGUCCAGAGAUGGAGGAUGCUCGGGUGCUUUUAAAAAAGCAGCUUGACACGCCAUCUAAAGAUGUCAUUCUGUUGAAGGAAGGAGAGUCUGAGAGAAAGCCCACGAGGAAAGAAAUUCUUAAAAGAGACUCUAAAAAAAUCAAACUAGACAGACUUAAUGCUGUUCCCAGCCCCAAAGACUGUCAGGAACUUGUCAGUAUUUCUGUUGGGACUAGCUCAAGACCCAUCUCAGACCUGCAAGCAAGGCUUGGAGAACCAGUAGGUGAAUCUGUGGAAAAUCAAGAAAUCCAGUCAAAAAAACCUACUCCCUCCAAACCACAGCUCAAACAGCUGCAGUUAUUAGAUGAGCAAGGACCAGAGAGAGAAGAUGUUAGGAAAAACUAUUGCAGUCUUCGUGAUGAAGCACUUGAAUGUAAAUCAGGCCAAGAGAAACCACAUUCAGCAAAUACUGAAGAAAAAAUUGGCAUUGAUAUUGAUUACACGCAGAGUUAUCGAAAACAAAUGGAGCAGAGUCGUAGAAAACAGCAGAUGGAGAUGGAAAUAGCCAAGUCUGAGAAGUUUGGCAGUCCUAAAAAAGAUGUAGAUGACUAUGAAAGGCGUAGUCUUGUUCAUGAGGUAGGUAAACCCCCUCAAGAUGUCACUGAUGAUUCGCCGCCCAGCAAAAAGAAAAGGAUGGAUCAUGUUGAUUUUGAUAUCUGCACCAAGAGAGAGAGGAAUUACAGAAGUUCACGCCAAAUCAGCGAAGAUUCUGAAAGGACUGGUUGUUCUCCCAGUAUCCGACAUGGUUCCUUCCAUGAGGAAGAUGACCCCAUAGGCUCUCCUAGGCUAAUGUCAGUAAAAGGGUCUCCUAAAGUAGAUGAAAAGGGACUCCCUUAUUCUAAUAUGACAGUCAGAGAAGAAUCCUUAAAAUUUAAUCCUUACGAUUCCAGCAAGAGAGAACAGAUGGCAGACAUGGCCAAAAUAAAACUGACUGUCUUGAAUUCUGAAGAUGAACUAAAUCAGUGGGACUCGCAAAUGAAGCAAGAUGCCAGCAGAUUUGAUGUGAGUUUCCCAAACAGCAUAAUUAAGAGGGACAGCCUUCGAAAGAGGUCUGUACGUGACUUAGAACCUGGUGAGGUGCCUUCUGAUUCUGAUGAAGAUGUUGAACACAAAUCCCACUCACCCAGAGCGUCAGCAUUAUAUGAAAGUUCUCGAUUAUCUUUUUUAUUGAGGGAUAGAGAAGACAAACUACGUGAGCGAGAUGAAAGAUUCUCUAGUUCUUUAGAAAGGAACAAAUUUUAUUCUUUUGCAUUGGAUAAGACAAUCACCCCAGACACUAAGGCUUUGCUUGAAAGAGCUAAAUCCCUCUCUUCAUCUCGAGAAGAAAAUUGGUCUUUUCUUGAUUGGGACUCUCGAUUUGCUAAUUUUCGAAACAACAAAGAUAAAGAAAAAGUUGACUCUGCUCCAAGACCUAUUCCAUCUUGGUACAUGAAAAAGAAGAAAAUUCGGACUGAUUCAGAAGGAAAAAUUGAUGAUAAAAAAGAUGAUCAUAAAGAAGAAGAACAGGAAAGGCAAGAAUUAUUUGCUUCUCGUUUUUUACAUAGCUCAAUCUUUGAACAAGAUUCCAAGCGCUUACAGCACCUAGAGAGAAAAGAUGAGGAAUCUGACUUCGUUUCUGGUAGGUUAUAUGGGAGGCAGACAUCUGAUGGAGUGAACAGCACAACUGAUUUGAUUCAAGAGCCAGUAGUUCUUUUCCAUAGCAGAUUUAUGGAACUCACACGAAUGCAACAGAAAGAAAAAGAAAAAGACCAAAAACCUAAAGAGGCUGAGAAACAGGAAGAUACAGAAGAUCAUCCCAAGACCCCAGAAUCUGCUUCUGAGAAUAAAGAGUCAGAACUGAAAACACCAUCUUCGACUGGGCCUCCUUGUGUCACUGUUUUAACUCCAGAGUCGGCAUCAUUGCCACUGGAGAAGACAGCCGGUGAUAAAACAGGAGAGCUGCUUUCGGUGACCGAAGAGAAGACCAUGGAGCCAGCCUCUGUCUCAGAAGAAGCAAAACCUGCAUCUGAACUGGUUCCCCUUGCUGUGGAACAACCUGAACAGGCAGACUUGCCCCCAGGAGUAGAUGCCGAGAAGGAUGCUGCCGGGACUCCUUUAGUUGGAGAAAGUUCAUCAGUUGACCAGCUGCCUUAUCUGGAUGCCAAGCCUCCAACUCCUGGGGCCUCAUUUUCCCAUGCAGAGAUCAGUGGGGACCCAGAACCUGACAAUACCCAACCACUUUCAAAACCGACUCAGAAGCCUAAGGAAACUGAUGAGCCAAAAGUAGACAAGCCAGACCCUACUGCUAGUGUUGAGCCCAUUGCAAAUCAGAAAGCUGAAGUUGUUGCUGAGGUUCAGCCUCAAGCUUCCGAAGGUGUAGAGGUUGAACCUCCAGUUGCUACAAAAGAUAAAAAGCCAAACAAAAGCAAACGUUCCAAGACCCCCAUGCAGGCAGCUGUAGCAAGUAUUGUGGAGAAGCCUGUCACAAGGAAGAGUGAGAGGAUAGACCGGGAAAAACUCAAGAGGUCCAAUUCUCCUCGGGGAGAAGCCCAGAAGCUCUUAGAGUUGAAGAUGGAGGCCGAGAAGAUUACAAGGGCUGCCUCUAAAAACUCAGCCACGGACACUGAACACCCUGAGCCAAGUUUGCCCCUCAGCCGAACCAGGCGCCGGAAUGUAAGGAGUGUCUAUGCAACCAUGGGUGACCACGAAAGCCGCUCUCCAGUCAAGGAGCCCAUCGAGCAACCGAGAGUGACCAGGAAGAGAUUGGAGCGGGAGCUUCAGGAGGCUGUGGCAGUUCCUACUACCCCUCGGAGGGGAAGGCCUCCAAAAACACGCCGUCGAGCUGAAGAAGAAGAGGAGACUGAAGUGAAAGAGCCAGUUGAAACACUUAAACCAGCUGAGGGAUGGAGAUCCCCACGGUCCCAAAAAUCAGUAGCUGCUGGUGGCCCACAUGGGAAAAGGGGGAAAAAUGAACCUAAAGUUGAUGUUGAACAUACUGAGACCACCACUGAGGUGAGUCCCCAAGUAAAUGUGAAAGAAAAUAAUACAAAACCUAAGACUGAUAAAGAAGCAGCAGGAAGUGAAUCGAAAAGAGACAAAAAAGAAAUUGGCACAGACAAAACUCCACUUGAAACCCCCCCAGUUGAAGUGGUAGAGAAAAAAACAGCCCCUGAAAAAAAUUCCAAAUCAAAGAGAGGAAGAUCUCGAAACUCUAGGUCAGCAGUGGACAAAUCUGCAAAUUUGAAAACCGUAGAGGCCAGUGUAAGUCCCAUUGUGGCUCUGGGCCCUGCAGGGCUGGCUGUGGAGAAAGAAGCUGGGGUUGUGGCAGUCUCCCCUGAAAAGAGUGGGAGUCCACCCAAGGAGGGUCUUUCAUCCCAGGUGAACUGUGAUCCAGCUGGUCCAGACAAGGAGCCAGAGAAGGAAGAUCUGUCUGCCCCUAAGCUGUCCCCAGAAGCAAAUCAGUUAGCCAAGCAGAUGGAGCUGGAGCAGGCCGUGGAGAACAUCGAAAAGCUCACUGAAACCUCUGCCUCCGCGGCUUUCAAGGCAGCAGCCACAGAUGCACCAGAGGGCCUUUCCACAGAGGACAGGGACAAGCCUGCACACCAAGCGAGCGAAACAGAACUGGCUGCGGCCAUUGGCUCCAUCAUCAAUGAUAUUUCUGGGGAGCCAGAAAACUCCCCAGCACCUCCACCUUACCCUGCAGAAUCUCAGACAGACCUGCAGCCCCACUCACAAGAGCUGCAGACUCCUGAGGUGGGAAUGGAGCCUGAGACCAAUGAGGCUGGGUCUGGCGUCUGGGAAACUGAGGCUACUACAGAAUCUUCUGGCCCACAAGUCAGUGCCCCUAACCCUUCCGCAGGCCCAGCAGAUACCAAGGAAGUUGGAGGGAAUAGCAGUGAAACUCCCCACCCAGUGCUGGAAACUAAGGGAUCAAAAGAAGCUGAAGUGGCUCUCCCUCGGAAAGACAAAGGGCGCCAUAAAACUAGAUCACGCCGCAAACGGAAUACAAACAAGAAAACGGGGGCUACUGCAGAGACCCGUGUCUCACAACCCAACCAAGUUCAAAGCAAUAAUCCUGCCACAAAUGAGGGGACAGUGGUACAACCCCCAGAAGCUCCGCAAGAAGAAAAGCAGAGUGAAAAGCCCCAGGUCACUCCUCCGGAGACAUGUGCUUCUGACCCAAGCGAGACUCCAUCCAGGGAAAAUUUGUCCCAAGAAAGCAGUGUUGAAGAAAAGACUCCAACCAAAAGGACUGUGCUCCCAGACCCUCUCCCUCCCUCCCAGCCAGUAUUGGUGGACAGUGAGCCCCAAGCCAGAUUCAAGGUGCAUUCCAUCAUUGAAAGUGAUCCAGUGACCCCACCCAGUGAUUCAAGCAUACCUACCCCCACAAUUCCUUCUGCAACUGCAGCAAAGCUCCCACCCCCACUGACCUCUGGGGGGAUCCCACACCAGAGUCCCCCUACUAAGGUGACAGAGUGGAUCACAAGACAGGAGGAACCUCGGGCUCAGUCCACCCCAUCUCCAGCUCUUCCCCCAGACACAAAAGCCUCUGACAUUGACACCAGCUCCAGUACACUGAGAAAGAUUCUCAUGGACCCCAAGUAUGUAUCUGCCACAGGCAUCACUUCCACGAGUGUCACGGCUGCCAUUGCAGAGCCUGUCAGUGCUGCCCCUUGUCUGCAUGAGGCACCAGCCCCUCCAGCUGAACUUAAACAGCCUCUUUUAGAAGAACAACCAGGAGCUCCAGUAACUAGUGCUUCUGACACCCAGGCCUCAGAGGCUGCAGUGGCCACUGAUAAAGAAAAGGGGGCUCCAGUCAUUGCUCCCAAAAUUACUUCUGUUAUUAGCCGGAUGCCUGUCAGCAUUGAUUUGGAGAAUUCACAAAAGAUAACUCUGGCAAAACCAGCUCCUCAAACCCUGACUGGUCUGGUGAGCGCCCUGACCGGCCUGGUAAAUGUCUCCUUGGUCCCAGUGAAUGCACUGACUGGCCCAGUGAAUGCCCUGAAAGGCCCUGUGAAGGGCUCAGUGACGACACUGAAAGGUUUGGUGAACACUUCUGCUGGCCCCGUCAAUGUCCUAAAGGGGCCAGUAAAUGUUCUGACAGGGCCAGUGAACGUUCUCACCACUCCGGUGAAUGCUACUGUGGGCACAGUGAACACUGCCACAGGUGUGGUGAAUGCCGCUUCGGCUGCAGUGAGCGCUACAGCGGCUGCAGUGAGCGCCUCAGCGGGUACAGUGACAGUCACAGCAGGUGCAGUGACUGCUGCGUCUGGUGUUGUGACUGCCACCACAACAGGUGCAUUGACUGUGGCAGGUGCCAUGAUUGCACCACCAGCAAAGUGCAAGCAGAGGUCGAGCUCUAACGAAAACACUCGGUUCCACCCGGGGUCUAUGUCUGUGAUUGACGAGCGUCCAGCAGACUCGGGCUCUGGAGCUGGGCUGCGUGUGAACACUUCUGAAGGGGUUGUGCUCCUGAGCUAUUCAGGGCAGAAGACUGAAGGCCCACAGCGGAUCAGCGCCAAGAUCAGCCAGAUCCCCCCAGCGAGUGCCAUGGACAUUGAAUUUCAACAGUCGGUAUCCAAGUCCCAGGUCAAACCUGAUUCUGUUGCACCAUCACAGCCACCACCCAAAGGCCCUCAGACUCCUUCAGGCUAUGCAAAUGUGGCCACCCACUCUACUCUAGUGCUAACUGCCCAGACAUAUAAUGCAUCUCCGGUGAUUUCAUCUGUUAAAGCCGACCGUCCUUCCUUGGAGAAGUCUGAGCCCCUUCACCUCUCUGUGUCCACCCCUGUCACCCAGGGUGGCACAGUGAAGGUUCUCACCCAGGGCAUAAACACAUCCCCAGUGCUGGUUCACAACCAGUUGGUUCUCACCCCAAGCAUAGUUACCACUAAUAAAAAGCUUGCUGACCCUGUCACUCUCAAAAUAGAGACUAAGGUCCUUCAGCCGGCUAACCUGGGGUCUGCUCUCACUCCCCACCACCCUCCUGCUCUGCCCAGCAAACUGCCUGCAGAAGCAAACCACAUCACCUCAGGGCCCAGCACCCCAACAGAUCGAACUAUCUCCCAUCUGGCCGCCACAAAGCCAGACGCACAUUCUCCUCGACCCAGUGGGCCUGCUCCAUCUCUUUUCCCAAGGGCAUGCCACCCCAGCAGACCAUCUGUUCCUCAGUUCAUCUCCAGCAUACACCCAGAGCAGUCUGUCAUCAUGCCACCCCACAGCAUCACCCAGACUGUCUCCCUUAGUCAUCUGUCCCAGGGUGAAGUGAGAAUGAACACGCCCACACUGCCUAGCAUCACCUACAGCAUCCGGCCAGAGGCACUUCACUCACCUCGGGCCCCUCUGCAACCCCAGCAAAUAGAGGUCAGGGCCCCACAGCGGGCAGGCACGCCCCAGCCAGCCACAGCUGGUGUGUCCUCCCUGGCCUCCCAACACGCUCCAGAGGAAGAAGUGCAUUAUCACCUCCCUGUUGCUCGAGCCGCAGCCCCUGUGCAGUCGGAAGUACUGGUCAUGCAGUCCGAGUACCGACUGCACCCAUACACUGUGCCCCGGGACGUGAGGAUCAUGGUGCACCCUCAUGUGACAGCAGUCAGUGAGCAGCCCCGGGCAGCAGAUGGUAUAGUGAAGGUGCCACCAGCCAGCAAGCCCCCUCAGCAGCCUGGGAAAGAAGCUGCCAAGAUGACAGAUGCCAAAGCAGCCCCUGCCCCUCACAGCGAGGCCCGAAUCCUUACAGUCACCCCCGGCAACCAGCUCCAAGGGCUGCCUCUGAGCCCACCUGUGGUGGUGACCCAUGGGGUGCAGAUCGUACACUCCAGUGGCGGGGAGCUGUUUCAGGAGUACAGAUGCGGGGAUAUCCGCACCUACCAUGGCCCGGCUCAGCUCACUCACACUCAGUUUCCUGCCACCACCUCCAUCGGCCUGCCUUCCCGGACCAAGGUUCCCACUCAGGGUCCCCCUCCUGAAAGUGAGCCUUUGCAGCCCACUCAACCUGUGCCGUCUACACAGCCUGCCCAGCAGCCUGUGCUGUCCACACAGCCUGUCCAGCCCACGCAGCCCUCACAGCUUAGCCAGCCACCAAGCAGCAAGAUGCCUCAGGUCUCCCAGGAGGCGAAAGGGACCCAGACAGGAGUAGAACAGCCUCGCCUCCCAACCGUACCUGUGAACAGACCAGCUGAGCCUCAUGUCCAGGUUCAGAGGACCCAGACAGAAACAAGCCAGAUCUCCUAUCCCUCCCCUGUAUCUGUCUCCAUGAAGCCUGACCUUCCGGGCCCUCUCCCUGCCCAGGCUGCCCCAAAGCAGCCAUUGUUUGUCUCCACAACCUCGGGCCCUAGCACCCCUCCAGGAUUGGCUCUGCUGUACACUGAAGCCCAGCCCUCCCCCAAACAAGAUUCCUCUCCACACUUGACUUCCCAGAGGCCUGUGGAUAUGGUCCAGCUUCUGAAGAAGUACCCCAUUGUGUGGCAGGGCCUCCUGGCCCUCAAGAAUGACACAGCUGCUGUGCAGCUCCACUUUGUCUCUGGCAACAAUGUCCUGGCCCAUCGGUCUCUACCCCUCUCUGAAGGAGGCCCUCCCCUGAGGAUUGCCCAGAGGAUGCGGCUGGAGGCCUCACAGCUGGAAGGGGUUACCCGAAGGAUGACGGUGGAGUCAGAGUACUGUCUGCUGCUGGCUUUGCCCUGUGGCCGUGACCAAGAGGAUGUCGUAAGCCAGACCGAAUCCCUCAAGGCUGCCUUCAUCACCUAUCUACAGGCCAAGCAGGCGGCGGGGAUCAUCAAUGUUCCUAACCCUGGCUCCAAUCAGCCUGCCUACGUGCUGCAGAUCUUCCCACCCUGCGAGUUCUCGGAGAGUCACCUGUCCCGUCUGGCCCCUGACCUUCUGGCCAGCAUUUCCAACAUUUCUCCCCACCUCAUGAUUGUCAUUGCCUCUGUGUGAGCCACUGGUCGGUCAACGACUCAGUGUAUUUUCCCGAGGCUCUGCAGCAAACACACACACAGGACAACCCAGCCAAGUGGAGGAAGAAGCUGCCGAAGGGGACAGACUCCACUGCCAGACGGCCAGCCUUGCCCUCCUGGCCUGCCGGCCCAGCUCAGGCGGACAGACCCCUCUGGGCAGUGGUGCUGCUACUAUGUAUGUUUACAAGACAUUUAGCCCAAGGACAGACCACCAACCGAUGGACUUGCAGACACCUUGGGGCUGGGUUUCUCCUCUUUUUGGAGAAAAGGAACAGGGCAGUGGAAUUAAAUUUUUUUGUUUUUGUUUUUAAGAAACAAGAAAACAGAACUGCCUUUGCACUAAAUUAGUGACUGGACUUUUGCAUAGUGAAGACAGGCUGUGGCACUCUGGACAUCUUGGUGUAUGUGAACACACGUCACAGACUCAACGCAGGACUUCAAACUGCUGCUGAAACCUUGGGGUCAAGGAACAUUUCAUUGGGUUUGUCCCCAUCUCCCCCCUUCUCCUUGCUCAUCUGGCUGUCAUCUUUCUUAAUUCUCUUGCCACCACCAUCUGAUUCACCCAGGAUGUACAGCUUACAAUCGAAACGAAGAGCAAACCGAAGGAUUUUCUGUCGGUGGGAUAUGCAGAACUUGGGAUGUGUGUAUAUAUAAAUAUAUAAUAUAUAUAAAUAUAUAUAAUACUGACUUAAAAAAUCAAAUCCCCCUGACAUACAUUUUUUUUAAUCUGUGCCAAAAAUGUGUUUUAAGAGAAAAAUCUUAUUUUCAUACUCAGACUUUGUAUUGUCACUCAUUUGUAUAAGUGCGCUUCGUUACAGCCGGGCCCUGCCCCUGCGAUCUGAAAGUGUGUGUGUGUUUCUCUCUCUCUCUCUCUCUCUUACACACACACACACACACUGCAAAAAGACUGGCUUCCCUCUUCUUAUGUGACCUUGACCUCUCCCCACAACUUCCUAACACCUAUUAAUUUAUGAAACUGUUUUUCUCAGCGCAGUUUUGUUUUGUGUGUCCAUUGGAUUACAAACUUUAUUAAAAAA